AGCUAAAAUAAUAAUCAACAAAUUUUUCAUUGCAAAGUUUAAUAAAUUUUAUUAAAAAGAACACACAUCUAAUUGUAAUAAAGACAAUAAAUAAGUGUAUAUUACAUAAUAAAUUAUAAUCUCAGUGAUUAGAACCGCUAGAAUUAAUGAUGGCAAAUGACACCCCUGAAAGCGAUUUUUCAAUAGAAUGUUUUCAGAAUUAUUCAGCACCAGAGGUGUUCGUUCAGGGUCUGGCUGGUAUGGUCAAUCAGAGUGAUGUAGAAGCAAUUAUCCGUGCUCAAAAAACAAUGUUGCAAAGGUUUGAGAAAACAACAGAAAUGCUUACAAAUUGUAAUCAGUUAUCAGCCAGUCGACUCCGCGCAGCUUCUUUAGAGUUUAAAAAACAUACUCAACUGUUAUUAGAUAUGAAGAAAGAUCUAAACUAUAUUUUUAAGAAAAUAAGAGCUAUAAAGACUAAGUUGAGCACACAAUAUCCAGACGAUUAUAAAAAAGCAGUAGCCGCAGCUGUAGCAAAUAAAAAACCACUCGACGAAGAAGACGAGACAAAAAUGAAAUCGGAAACGAAAAUACAAUCCAAAAUGGUUGCUACAGUAUCAACGGAAACUUUAAAACCAUCUACUAGUGAUAAGAAGAAAAAGAAAGAUAAAAACACAGAUGUAGCGGAGAAGAAGAAAAGUAGUAGUUCUUCUGAUACGGAAAGUGCUAGUUCUGGAGAUGAUAGUAGCACAGAUACUGGUUAAGUUUAGUAGUUUUUGGUAGUGAUAGUUAGAAACAUGCUAGAUAGAUUAAUAAUUGUUGUAUGGAGUUGGAGUGAAGGUGGAGUGUCUGCUUCUAUAUGACA